AUGACGUCAAAGAAAAUCCAGUCGACUUUCGGAUCGUUACAAUCCUCGACAUGCGGGGUGUGUGGAAUGACAUUUUAUAAGCAUGUUCAAAAUGACAAAUUGGUGCAUGCAAAAUAUCACAAUGACUUUCUCAAUGGUCUUCCAUGGAAAAAUGAAAGUGGAAUGCCUCUACGAAAAUUCACAAUGGAAAUGGAUCAGAAAUCGAUUCAAGUUUCCAUUCUAGGGAUAGACCGGACACUGGCACGCCAGGUAAAGAAAGUUGAAAAGUUGCUUGAGAUGGUGAAUCGCGAAUUGAGUGCACCAGCAGCUAACGAUUCCUGGAAGAAGAUUGUGAGAACGACAACAAAGGUUGGAAAUGAGAAAAACAUGGUUACAGUGGAGAGCUCUGUAAUAGAGGGAAAAGCUUUUGUCAUUUUAGCACAGUCCCGAGCCAUUGGGUUAGUAGUUACAGAACCUAUUGAGGAUAUUUCAAUCCAAGGAAGAUGGAUGGUGCACCGAACACAGGACAUUGUUCCGAAUCAGGUGAACAAGAAUAUUCGGAUUGGAAUUUCAAGGAUCUGGAUAGCCUCCAAGUGGCGCCGAUACGGUCUCGCAAACCACCUUUUACAAGUUGUAAUUAAGCAUUCUGUAUUUGGCAUGCCAUUGAAGCCUCAAGAAGUUGCAUUCAGUCAACCAAGCCAUGCUGGAGGACUUCUAGCCAAGAACUUCAAUGGCGUGAAGCAUAAAAGUGGAGAGAUACUAAUUCCUGUCUAUUUGGAAAGUUGA